UCGGAACUUGAGAAAUCGAUCGGCGAGAAGACAAGGGGGGAAAAUAUAGACGGAAUGAAAGCGGAGGGGAGGGAGAGGGAGAAGCAUCUCUAGCUCUUGGAUUUCUUCCCGAGGGAGCUCUCCGUUCGCGCCUUCCUUCACGCGAUGCGUAUCAUUUCUUCUUCUAACUCUGUCAUUUGCUUUUCUUGAAGUUUUGCCCGUCAUAAAUGACAUUGGCCCAAUAGCAUUAUAUGGUUUAUCUUUUCUAGCCUACUUGUUAUGGAAGCAUAUUAACUUUGCUGUGCUCGAUGGAGGAAAAAAAAUAAAGUUCAGAUGCAUUCUCCACAAGGUUCUACAGUGGUUGAGCCUAAGGAGGAAAAGGAAGAAGUUUUUGAAUCAGAAAAGUUGCUGCCAAAUCUGCUUGUACCUGAAAAAGAGAGAGCAGAUACUGUUGAUUCAGGAGUCCCACUUUCAAAGGACGAAACACUUCAGAAUCCUGAAAAUAUUCCUCCCCUUAGUGCAUUAAGACCAGAAAAUGAGGACCCUGCUUAUGUUUCUAACCAGCUGGUAGUGUAUGAUCCUGAACAUAAUCAACCUACCCAGGUUUCUCCACCCGGUGAAUCUACUGUAUAUCAGACACAGAACUCUUCCGGAAAAUGUUCUUCACAGAGAGUCUUGCCUUCCAUAGGGACAUUUACUGUGCAGUGCGCUCUGUGCCUGAAGUGGAGGAUAAUUCCUACAAAGGAAGAAUAUGAAGCCAUAAGAGAGACUAUUAUUGAAGAACCAUUUGUUUGUGAGUACGCAAAGAAAUGGCGCCCAGAUAUAUCAUGUGAUGACCCACAUGAUCUUGAGCCGGAUGACACCAAAAUUUGGGCAAUCGACAAGCCAAAUAUCUCUCAGCCUCCUCCUGGAUGGCAAAGAUUGCUAAGGAUUCGGAGCGAAGGGAGCAGUAAAUUUGCUGAUGUCUAUUAUGUUGCACCCACAGGAAAGAGAUUGCGCUCAAUGAUUGAGGUUCAGAAGUUUUUGCUCAGCCAUCCAGAAUACAUGCAAGCAGGGGUAAACCUGUCUCAGUUUUCUUAUCAAAUUCCAAGACCGCUGAAUGAUGGUUAUGUCAGAAAACGAGGUUCAGCACGUGCUGCCCAUGCACAUCCAAAUGGUGAUGUGAGCCUUCCUCUGCCAGAACCUGUAGAACCUGUAGAACCUUCAGCAGUAAACCCUCUGGCAUGGGCCGGUCCGCCAUCCUAUUCAGAAUUGCAGGAUAGCAUGAUCACUACAAGCUGUGCGGAGAAUACAAAGCCUUCGCAGAGAAAGCGUUCGAGGCCUCAACUUGGCUAAGGCUCAGAAACUUGGCUAAGGCUGCUUCUGACCGAUGACAAAUUAGUGUUGAUGACUAGUGCGAUCUCCAUUUUGCAAGAUAUGUGCAUACUAGCCGGUGAGCUUUGCCCUUGGUGAUCUCUCUGUGCUUUAUUCUCCUGCAGUUUUGUUGGAUCAAAUGCAAAAAAUGAACGUGGGGGAAGCUAGCCGUGUUGUAUGUUGUGAGAUUGUUGUGUGAAAAUUUUUGAAAUCAGAAAGGUAAAGUUGAAAAACGUUUACACAUUUUCCCAUUACACCUUGUCUAUACCCUCCGGAAAUCAGAGGAACAAUUGCUACUAAUCUGAAAUAGUAAUGUGGUGAUUAUUUUGUCAUCCGGGGCUUACGCUUCUUCAUUUUUUAAUGGAAUUAGCGCGAACCAAGACUUUGUAUUAAUACCCAUUAAAAGAAUGCAGAUUCGUUCUCUCA